AUGAUGUCCCCGAUGGGAUCCGUUCUCAUCACUGGAUGCAGUGAUGGAGGCAUAGGCUCCGGCCUAGCUCUUGUCUUCCAGGAACGCGGCUACCAUGUCUUUGCCACAGUCCGCGACCCAGAGAAAGCGAGUGCCCUCAAAAACCUUCCUAACGUCACUCUACUGACCCUGGAAGUAACUCAUUUGAGCGACAUUCUGGCAGCAAAACACAUUGUCUCUGUGCAGACAGGCGGUAUUCUCUCUUACUUGAUCAACAACGCUGGACGCAAUCAUUUCAUGCCUCUCCUGGACGAGGACAUUGACACUGCAAAGGAAAUCUUCAAUAUCAACGUCUGGGGUCCGUUGGCCAUGACUCAGGCAUUUGCACCUCUUCUUAUGAAGGCUAACGGUACUCUUGUGAAUAUCACUUCUAUCGCCGGCCAUGGAGCAAUUCCAACUUUGGGAUCCUACGGCGCCUCCAAGCGCUGCCAGGAACACAUGGCAGAUGUACUUCGUCUUGAACUCUCACCCUUUGGCGUCAAGGUUCUCUCUGUUGUGACCGGUGCCAUCUCGACAAAUUGCCUAACCUACUUCCAAGAUUGGACCCUUCCCCCAGACUCGCCAUACAUGGAAAUCGAAGAAUACUUUUCCAGAUUUGUGCAGGAUACCAACGGAAUGCCUCGUACGCCACUCGAAAGUUACGCCACUGAGGUCGUGGAGAACAUUCUGGGUGGCAUCACAGGCCGAAUUUGGGUGGGCGAGAGAGCCGAGAAGAUGAAGAACGCAUCUUUGGAGGGUGAAUUGGCUUUUUCAAGGUGUUUUAUGAAGGGAUUUGGCUUGGAUCUGCUCUUGAAGUAG